AAUCUAGGAAUGGUUAAAUGAGGGGUAGAUCUAAAGUUUCAAUAGAUGUUGCGUCGGGAAUGGCUCCCAAGCUUGCACUCAGUGACACACGAGGGAGAGCGAGUUGGUGCGAUUCGCGUGAGUCUCAGAGAAAUGGCCACAUUUGUGGUGGACGAGCGAUCUCCCUCACGAAUUCAUGCGCUUCGUCUCUUCCUUGUCUUUUCAACGCCCUCUCGCACGUCGAAGGUGGAGCCUGGAGCACAUCGGUAGACGCACUUUUCGAGGUUGCGCGUUGGAUUUGCGUGGGACAAAUCUGUGUUGUGAUCAGAAGCGCUCUAUUGGUGCGAGAAUGAAAACCCUAGGUUACUGGAUUUGUCGAGGUUGGGAUAUGAAGACUUGUAUUUGCACUUCUUAUACAUGUCGGUAUUGCUGCAGUUGUCAGAAGUGCCUGCGACCAGAAGGGAACGUGGGAAAGGGAAGAUAAAUAUCGAAGUUUCGGUGUAUAGCGAAAUUUCACCCCAAUUUCUUUUAGGUUUAUUUAUGUAUUCAGAUCUCAUGCCAAUAAUGCAUGAAGUUGCGAGUUGUUAGUUGGCUCCCGAGAUGGAAUUCGGAGGCACUGGUGGGGAUUUUCGUUGACAUUCUACACGUCGGGUUUGAGGUUUAUUUUCUCUAGACUGUAGUGGAUGUUUUUGCAAAUUCUGCGACUCACAAUUGCCCCAAGGAUUCAUUCUGUUCAUUUCACUUAUAUUGAGUAGCAGGAUAGGUGCAUCAUCACAAAUGGCAGGCUUCCUGUCUUUUUGAUCUCUUACUACUUCAAAGUUGAUUCGGAUUCUUAGGAUGGGGGUCAAUCAUGAUGAGACUAUACUUGGAAGCUGUCCUGCACCCAUCUUGUGGAAUAUAGCAAGGAGAUGCCGAUACCAGCAAGGUUGGAUUCGAGUCGUUGAGCGUCCUGGAUGCCUCCAAUUUAGAUCAAGACAAAGGUUAAAUACAUGGAAAAAGCAUUGUUGAAUCUUCUUGAGCCUCUAAAUGUGCACGAGUAGAAUCUCGGAGACAUUUGAGGGUCCUCCCUGGGAGAUCGUUUAGUGGAAUGAAUGUAGCAUUUCUGUGUGUCCGGCGGCAUGUGACGAGGGUUCCUUCAUUCGAUGGAUCGUGUACCCUUCGACAGCUUCUAAUGAAUCCUAUAUGUUGAAGGGAUUUUGAGACAUUGAAAUAGCACAAUGAAGAGAGCCGACAUCCCACCGGUUCCCAGGCGGGGCCACAACUCCUCUAGACAUUUGCUAAAACAGAAGCUAGAUAGGACUCCAGGCAUGCGAUUAUUUCACGAGGAGGAUUUAGGAUCUGAGACAGUAGUGCACCGGACUUCCUCGGCGACUCGAAAUUUUUUUGGGGCUUUGUCAGGCUUGAAGCAGCUUGCCGGUAAAAGUAGUCUAUCACGGCUUAUUCGAGACUCAAGUGUGCCUGCAGAUUUAAAUAGCUUAGAUACUGAGAGCAACGCUUCCUCUUUUGGGUCAAUCAGCGGCUUUGGGAGUAGGUUUGGUAGCGCAGUUGAUUUGACAGGAUUGAUUGGUUUCGAAGAUUUGGCGGUGAGUGGAACACCACGAGAGGUAGGGUCACUGAAUUCCCCUUCUGUUUUCCUUCGUAGUCAAUUGGAAAUUGGUGGGCGACGAGAUUCAUUAGAAGGGCCCACUCCUCGACAAUAUGACUACGAGCAUGCCUUCGAACGUGGCGAUGACUACACUGGCACUGAGCAGUUUCCAAUGGAAGGCGUCGCUGCGAGCACAGGUGGCACUGAUGAAGUCAGUGUUAGAUGUAAUAAUUUGACUGAUCAGAUGGAUCAAGGAUCCUUCAGAGACUGGUCUGGAAGUGUUGAAGUCGAUGGCUUUGAGGAAGGAAGAGAUUCUAUUAGCUCUCCUCAGCCUAGAUCAGUAUCUUCCGAUGAGGGUAAGCAGCAGCAGAAUGGGGCCACUCCAGUUCAAUUUGCUUUCCUUACAUCGACAAUCCAGUGUCCUACUCGAGCCAGGAAAGUUGCUGUCGUGACAAUUCAAAGGUUUUUUCGGGGUUAUUGUGCUCGGAAAUCUUAUUUGGAAAUGCAGGAAAAGGCGCUUAAGUCACAGGCAUCGGCUCGGAUGAUCAGAGCAAGGAAGCAUUUUCGAAAGGUUCGUAAUACAGUCAUGGUAUUACAAAAGUUGUGGCUUACAGUUAGAAGUCGGAAGUUAAAGGAGCAGGAAGCUGCGGCUACAAGUAUCCAGAGUUUGUAUCGAGGCUGGUUGGACAGGAGAACAUUUUUAAAAAAGUUGCAUUCUAUUAUAGUACUACAAGCCUGCGAGCGCAGAAGACAAGCUCAGAAAAGGUACCAAGUUUUGCUUGACGCAGUUGUAUUUCUUCAAAGAAGGAGGCGGUCCAUCAUUUUGCAACGUCUGAAACUGCGAAUGGCAAUGGAGGAACUAAAAUCCCUGCAGGAGUUACGCAGCCACCUGAGACUACAGGAGUAUACUGCUGUGAAGAUUCAGACUGCAUACAGAGGGUGGGUUGCUAGGAAAUCAUACCGAAAGCAAAUUAUAUCUGUAGUGAGAAUGCAGGCUUAUUUUCGAAGUAACCGAUCGUUGAAAUCUUUCCAUCGACUUCGUAGUUCAGUUUGCAUGAUACAACGAGCAUGGCGACUGCAAAAGUCAGUGCUGCAGCAGAGAGAAAAACAAUCUUUCCAGGUGAAGGAGAGAGCUGCUUUGAGGAUUCAGACCUUCUUCAGAGGCUGGUUGGUGAGGAAGAGGGUUAGGAUGUUUUUUGAAAGGGUGGUGUUAUUACAAGCAUGCGCACGGAGAAUGUUAGUCAGAAAGCAUUACUGGAUGCUUUUUGAAGCAGCAUGUACCAUCCAACGGGCUUGGCGUGAUUUCAAAUGUCGGCAAAUGCUCAUGCAGGCUGAGUUGGAGACGCUUGCUGCUGUUCAGAGUGAACUCUUGCAGUUGGAGGAAAAAGUGUGUGCCGCUGUUAAGAUUCAAUCCCUAUGGCGAAGAUAUAAGCAGCGACGGUUUUAUCAAUCAUUGCUUCAAUAUCGUAUAGAUUGUGCGACAAGGAUUCAACAGAGAUGGCGUGGUAUGAUGAUUCUUCAACACCUUCGACUUGAGAGGUGGUCACGAGAGCGAGCAGCGACACGUAUACAGGCUCACUUCCGGGGAAGGAGAGUGAGGAUGCAUCUUCAGAGAUGGCAACAUGCGGUAACAUGCAUUGAGUCUGCAUACUAUUCAUAUUCGCAGAGCAAGCUUUCCAGGAAGGUUAUACCUGUUGAACAACAAUGUAACGUGUGUGAGCAAUCUGCCGAUUCUUUGCAGUCUUGUUUGGUUGGUGCAUCCCUUACUGAUGGCAGUUAUCCGCCUGGGACUCCUCUAAGAGAAGAAGCUUCUAGCGGCAACUUCAACACGUAUUCGCCCGAGAGUCCCUUAAAUGUUGCAGACAGCGUGAAUUCUUACGUGCUUCCAAACAGCAGAGAUGUGCAUCUUAGCAAUUUUGAAAAUACACCUUCUCAAUGUUUCGUUUCAGUAAUGAGGGACUGGAAUAAUAUAGCUGUUGAUGAGCUUGGACAGUGUCCAGAUAUGUGCCUGGACGCCUCACCAUUAAGUGCUGCAUCCUCUCGACAACGGCCCUUAAAGUUUGAUGUUGUUUCUCCAAGCUCCUCCAGGGAUCAGGUGGACGCUGUAACUUCAACCGGUUUAGCCACUGCUCCACAAAUUGAAAGAAUAGCUCCACCAGCCUCAUCGGAGAAAGCAAAGGUUCAAGGAAGUUGUGUUGGAGCGGGUGAGGGGAAUCGCAGCACUGCAAGAGAAAUUGUUCAAUUUGGAAGUGACGCAGAAUUAGCUCUGGGUGAAACAUAUCCUAGCCCCUCACGUCAAGUUCCUGUUGAAGAGGAGCGAGCGAUGAUGGUGAACCAGAGCGAAAGAUCUCAUGUGAAGUGGAUGAGCAAAGAUGAGGAAAGACUUCAACAUUUUGCUGAGAUAUUUCUCACUAUGCGGCAGAUAUCAAUCCAGCAACAGCGGGCACAAUCUGCUCCACCUUUCCCGCCCUCCCAUGCUCCCCUCAGCUCUGAGACACCUCCACGAUCUCCCCUCGUUGGUUCAACAGUUUCAGCAGCAGAGAAUUUUUCAACACGACGCUCCCCCAACAUUGGAUAUUCGAAUUCACCCUUGGUCCCUAGUCCAGCGUCAAGCAUUAAUCAACCUCAGUUCUCGUCGGGUCGGGCUGAUGUAGUACUGAAUAUGGAGGAGCUAUUGAAAACAUUAGAGCAGUACUGCGAAGAAGAUCCGGGAGGAUGUGACAUGGUUGUCAAAGGGGAUGUAGAGAGUGGGCAGGAUUGGAGGGUGCGAAAAACGGGGAUUAGCACGAGCUCGACGCCAACAUUGGGUAUUAAGCACUUGAAAUUACCAGAUGUCAAUGCGGUCCUCAUCGUCUUGGUGGCUAUGGUGGUGUAUACCAGGACUGUCUGUCGGGAGGUGUUUUUUGGGACGAAACAGUCACACCGUAAAAACUAAGGAGAAUUUGCGUGAUUCUUGCUAUGAAAGCAUGUGAAUUCUGUCUCCUGUACCGGGCUUCUCCUAAGCCUUUUUUUCUUCUGGGCGGCACGUGGGGUACAAACAAUGCGAGGCUUCUCGAGGAUGAGUUUGGCACCGUGACCAUGUCUACGGUGUCGCAUGGAGACUCCCGUUCUAGGGUGUCGCACGCUCGAAUUCUUUUCAAGAUUCAAAAGCGAGGUAACUAAACUCAGGCUUUGUCCUUAUACUGCAAUUUGAGAUUGUCAAGGUGUCUUAUGAUGGUUACACAAAGGUGCGCGUCUGCAUGGUACCAUAAAGGUUCUGCUGUUCCAGAUUCAGAUGACCUAGAAAGAAUAAGUUAUAUCAACUCAUGACCACAGCCAUCGAGUUAGAUAUGUAGAAAUGCCACAUUCAUAGAUUCUUAAGGUCCUCAGCGAUCAAGCUUAGAGAGUAAUGUAGACUUAGAAAAAGUACUCAUUGCUUUGGAAGGUAUUGACUUCCACUACUGUGUUGUCUACUCUGGUGAAUCAUCUCCAAAGAGUAGCCUGUAGAUGUAAAAUGAAUCUAAGUAGUUCCUCAGAACUACUGUAUCAUAGAAUUUUUCACAUGUAAAGUAGCUCAUGACCUUUGACAUCA